AUGUGUUGCAAGUGCCAGAGUGGCACACCUGAAAUCAGUGCAGCUAUAAUUUUGACUUUACUGUAUCCUGUUAUCAUAUUUGGUAACCUAUUAAUAAUAUAUAUUGUAAGUGUUGAGAGAACUUUACAUAAGCCUAUGUAUAUCCUUAUUUGCAAUUUAGCAUGCAUUAACUUGUUUGACAUGAGUCAUGUUCCUUACACAGUUCGAGUCAUGCUGUCUCUCUAUUUCCUAAUACUUUCCCCUGUAUUAAAUCCAGUAAUUUAUGGAGCCAGGACAGGAAAGAUAAAUGAAGCAAUUAAGGCAAAAAUAAUGAACAUGAAAUGA